GUAUCCGACCUCAGGCACUAAAGCUUCACCCAAAACUCAAUGCCAAAAAUGCCUUGAAUAUGGACAUUGGACCUAUGAAUGCAAGAAUGAACGAGUAUACAAAUCUCGUCCGACUAGAACUCAGCAGCUUACAAAACCACUAAAACCAAUAUCUAUUGAACUUCCAGACGAAUUGGGAAUAAAAAAGGAAGCGCCGGAAAAGUUGGAAAAACCAGUUGACAUAAAAGAAAGUAAAAGAAAAAGACGUCGAAAAACAGGGUAA